AUGAGCCAGGCGGACGUGUCCACAUGCUCCGCGCCACAGCGGGUUUUUCAGGAGGCGGUGAAGAAGGGAAACACCAAGGAGCUACAUUCAUUGCUCCAAAACAUGACAAACUGCGAGUUUAAUGUGAACUCGUUUGGUCCCGAGGGCCAGACGGCCCUGCAUCAGUCUGUGAUAGAUGGCAACUUGGAGCUGGUCAAACUGCUUGUCAAAUUCGGGGCGGACAUCCGACUGGCAAACAGAGAAGGAUGGAGCGCGUUACACAUCGCCGCUUUUGGGGGUCACCAGGACAUUGUACUAUACCUCAUCACCAAGGCCAAGUACUCGUCUGGCGCCCGUCCUGACUCAGGGAACCAGCAGGAGACCCAGCAGGAGACCCAGCAGGAGAUCCAGCAGGAGAACCAGCAGGAGUUCCAGCAGGAGAGCCAGCAGGAGACCCAGCAGGAGAUCCAGCAGGAGAACCAGCAGGAGUUCCAGCAGGAGAGCCAGCAGGAGACCCAGCAGGAGAUCCAGCAGGAGAACCAGCAGGAGUUCCAGCAGGAGAGCCAGCAGGAGACCCAGCAGGAGAUCCAGCAGGAGAACCAGCAGGAGUUCCAGCAGGAGAGCCAGCAGGAGACCCAGCAGGAGAGCCAGCAGGAGAGCCAGCAGGAGACCCAGCAGGAGACCCAGCAGGAGAGCCAGCAGGAGACCCAGCAGGAGACCCAGCAGGAGACCCAGCAGGAGACCCAGCAGGAGACCCCGCAGGAGAGCCAGCAGGAGACCCAGCAGGAGACCCAGCAGGAGAGCCAGCAGGAGACCCAGCAGGAGACCCAGCAGGAGACCCAGCAGGAGACCCCGCAGGAGAGCCAGCAGGAGACCCAGCAGGAGACCCAGCAGGAGAGCCAGCAGGAGACCCAGCAGGAGACCCAGCAGGAGAGCCAGCAGGAGAGCCAGCAGGAGACCCAGCAGGAGAGCCAGCAGGAGAGCCAGCAGGAGACCCAGCAGGAGAGCCAGCAGGAGAGCCAGCAGGAGACCCAGCAGGAGACCCAGCAGGAGACCCAGCAGGAGACCCAGCAGGAGAGCCAGCAGGAGACCCAGCAGGAGACCCAGCAGGAGACCCAGCAGGAGAGCCAGCAGGAGAGCCAGCAGGAGACCCAGCAGGAGACCCAGCAGGAUAAGUUAUUAUUUAUGAACAACUAA